AUGGAAUCUUUCGUGAAAGAGUUUGAACAACUUAAGAUCCCACCGAAGGAAAUUAAAAGAGUUACCAAUAAUUUUAGUAACAAACCUAUCGGGUCUGGUGGAUUUGGACAAGGAGAUCCUGAGUUCUGGAGGGAGAUAAUAAUGCUCUCCCGUUACUCGCAUGAAAAUCUCAUCUCCCUCUUGGGAUUUUGUGACAAGGCUGGUGAAAAGAUACUUGUGUAUGAGCUUGCAUCUAAUGGAAGUCUCGAUCGCUAUCUAAGUUCCCCUGAUCUGAUCACAUGGGAACAACGUAUCAAAAUAUGCCUUGGCGCUGGCGCUGCACAUGCAGGGACUUCACUACCUUCAUGA